AGCGUGUGUACAUACCUAUAUUCAUGUAUUUACGACGUCUCGAGCGCUGCUGUCGACUCACAGGGGCAGUUUGGCGGGCAAGAGGCAAGGGCUUGCGCUUGCUUGGCGUUGUACCCUGAAUUCCCCCAAGUUUUUAGUGAAAAAAAGUUGCGUAAAUGGCAUAAAUAAAUGACACCAUGUUCGUGGGAAAUCUCAAGGAUGAUUUUUACGAUGUGAUACAGGGAAACAGAUGCCUCCUCCUCGUCAACUUCGACAUCGACGCGAUCUGCGCGUGCAAGAUCCUCCAGCACCUCUUCAAGAACGACAACAUGUUGUACACUGUUGUCCCAGUGCAGGGCAUCACCGACGUUUUCAGGUCGUACCGAGAGAACUGCGACGACGUGAAGUACGUGGUGAUGAUAAAUUGCGGGGGAAUAAUGGACAUUGUGGGCCACCUCGAGCCCCCGGAGCACAUCACCUUCUUCGUGGUCGACAGUCACAGGCCCUUCGACCUCUGCAACAUCUACUCCGAGAGCCAGAUCAGAAUUCUCCACGUGCCAGUCGACGAGGACGAGAUCCCGGAGUACGAGGAGGUCUUCAGGGACGACUCCUCAGACGAAGAGGAGCCCGGGGAGGACUCCGACGGGGAGGAGUCACGGCAGGCCAAGAGGCGACGCCUCAACGAGGAGGACAUCCUCAGGAAGAGGCAGCGGAGGGAGUGGGAGGAGAAGAGGGACACUAUUCUCUUCAAUUACUCGCAGUACAGCCAUUAUGGCAAGUCCUCGGCCGUUCUCAUGUUCGAGAUGGCCUGGAGGAUGUCCAAGGACUCCCUCGACAUGGUCUGGUGGGCCAUCGUCGGAUCCACAGAACGAGCCAUCCUGAAUAAAGUCGAGUCGCAGAUCUCCGUCCUGGAAGCGGGGAACCUGCAGGGCCAGGUGUCAAGACUGAGUCACCGUCAGGGGGUGGACGCCGAGAAGCAGCAGCAGAGUGCAGUGAAGAUAAUCUACGACAAGGACCUCCAGCUGGCGCUGUACCGUCACUGGACAGUCGAGUCGAGCCUGAGGCACUCGAUGACGACAGCAGUGGCCCUGCGACUGUGGUCAAUCAGGGGUGAGCAGAGGCUGCGGGAGCUUCUGGCGGAGAUGGGGCUGCCCCUGGCCCAGUCAAAGCAGAAGUUCUCGUCGAUGGACCUGAGCCUUCGCCAGGAGUUCAGGCAGAUGGUGGAGAGCCUGGCGGCCAAGUACCACGUGGAGGACGUCAUUGGUGCCUCCUUCACACUCCAGUUUGGCUACAAGUUCAAGUACUGCGCCAGUGAUGUUGUCUACGCUAUGCUGGCGCUUCUGGAGUCCUCCAGCAAGGACAGGCCCCCCCACCACUGCUUCCUGGACGCCAUGGACUGCCUAUCCAGGAUGAAGAAGGAGACUCUGGAGAGGGGCAUCGAGAAGGCCAAGGUCAUGCUGGCUAGUAUUUUCAAGACUGCUCAGGGAAUCCUCGAGAUGAAGAAGGUCAUGAAUGCUGGAUCUUUCCUCUAUGUCAUCAUCCCUGAGGGCACACUGGACUCCAGGCUCUUUGCGCAUCCCCACACGCUCCUCAUGCUUGCACAGUUUGUCCUCAGGGCUUAUGUGGGGAGCUCCAAGAGGAAAGGCGCCGCUGCUGCGCCUCUCGUUGCUUCGGCGAAUUAUGAUUUCGAGGAGGAGACCUGUCUCAUGGUCGGAAUCCCGCCGAUUUGUGAAGAUCAACCGAGAAGUCUGUUUGGAAAGGCUUUUGAGCAAGCAGCAAAGAACAUCAAUGCAGCCAUGGACGCAGACUAUUUCGAUACCACAAUUAUAAGACUGAAAACACAGGAUCGCUCAAACUUCUUCGACGCUCUGGCCACUCUCCUCACAUGAUUCACCCUCCCCCCCAAAUAUCUUAUUUUUUUACUAUUGUAAUCACAAAAAUCUUGACAGGACGACGUAGAAUAUCUCUUUUAAUUUAAUUCAUUUGAAUUUUCUUGUACAUACUGUCCAUUACAGUUAUCGCAUAAUCUUUUUAUCACCGGCAACAUGCAUAGCUUUAAUUUCAUUAUCUUUCGACUCGUUUCUGGGACUGAUUGGAGUUUUGCAUUUAAUUUUUGUCCCAUUCCGCAUGAAAAGUGGAUGAAAAAUACUGGACACUUUUUUAUUUCGAUGGAUAACGAAGAGUGAGUUGCUAAAUGAAAAAAAUGUUUGUUAUUUUUCAUUCGUUUAUCGAGCUUCAUAAAUUGAAGGUGAAAAAAUGUAAAUAUUCACUUGAAAACAUUAAGGAAAGCUCUCAUCUUCAUCGAUUAUACCAUGAUAUUUUUAACCCCGUGACAUUAAAAUACAGUACUGAGUACAAUCACUUGGUGCCUUAUAAAUCGAAUUGAUGUAAAUAGAUCGAUUUACUGUGUAAGAGUGAUACUAGUUUAAGACAUGUUACUGUCAAUUCCUUUUGUUAAUAUUGAAGUAGGAGAAUAAAUAAAUUAUAAUGAACAGGAAAGAGUGAGAUAGAUUAAUAAGCAUUUUCAAUCAUCAAAUUUGUCGAUUUGAUUGCGUGAGAAAAAUUAAAAAAAAAAUGGUCAAUA